GCUUUGACAAGAGGUCUGCGGACGACCCCGAUACCUUGUGGAUGGGCAGACAUCCAGUUUGACCAGCACCAUGCAUUGAAGAUGCUUGCUUUUUCUCCAUUGUAUAAUUUUGGCUUCUUUGUCAAAAAUCAGAAAUGGCCUCAGAAGUUGAGGAUGGAGUCCCUGUGCAUGAGGAAUUCUUUCUCUGUGGUGGAGUUGAAACCCAGAUCAUUAAAUGUGGGCCCUGGACUAACCUCUUUGAUAAACAAGGUGUCAGCAAGCCAAAACAUCUUAUCUUCAUCAUUCCCGGUAACCCAGGCCUUUCCCCCUUCUACGUGCCAUUUGCAAAGGCCUUGUACUCUUUGGUGAAGGGCCACUUCCCAGUAUGGAUCAUCUCGCAUGCUGGGUUUUCCUUGACUCCCAAGGACAAGAAGAUUCUCACUGCACCACAGGAACCAAAUGCUCAAGAAAUUGAGGACAUCUAUGGUCUGAAUGGUCAAAUAGAGCACAAAAUAGCUUUUCUGAGAGCUCACGUGCCAAAGGAUGUGAAGCUUAUAUUCAUUGGCCAUUCCGUAGGCAGCUAUAUAGCUCUUCACGUGAUGAACCGUGCCCCGGAGCUGCCGGUCGUCCACACCUUUCUGCUGUUUCCAACUAUCGAGCGAAUGUCCGAAUCGCCCAACGGCAAGUUUGCCACUCCAUUUUUGUGCCGGUUUCGAUAUAUGCUCUAUGCUGCCAGCUACUUAAUUUUUAAGCCGUGUCCUGAAAUGAUAAAGUCCUUCAUAGUCCAAAAAGUGCUGGAAAAAAUGAGCUUUAAAUCCGAACUCCGUUUGACGGACCUUCUUCAACCAUUCUGCCUUGGUAAGCAUGUUUUUUUAAAGGUGUGUGUUUUUAGUAUAAGGAAAUGUUUGCAGCAUAGUCUCGGACAGGGCAUGAAGUUAGCUGUUCAACUUUUCUACCCCAAAGCUUAGUCUGAGAACAGAACCUGUGACUCAGUGAGGGGAGCUUGUACGAAAAUGGAGAGAAAAACUCUAUGGAGCCUUAGUGUUCUGUUCUGCGCCUGGUUCUGCACUGUGGCUACGGCAUGGCGAGAUGUGCCCCGCAUAGUACACAGCAUGUGCGGAGUCCUCCCAAGAAUCCAGGGUGCCCUGUAGUUCAGGGUCUGGAAAACAGCCUCAUAGAGUCAGCAGGUUACAGCCUUGAUGCUCGCCUCUUAAGUCAGGUUUAGAAGAGCUUAAAGUACAAAGAGUAAUCACCAUGCUAAUACAUUUUGGCACUUGGAUGCUUUGCUAUGUGUUAUUUUCUGAGUGUACCAGGGAAUAGUUUUGCUAAUCUGUAUUUGUGGAUAAUAAUUACUUACUAGUAUUUAUAAAUGACUUUAAAUUUUUUUCUUUUGUGUAUGGGUGUUUUGCCUGCGUGUAUGUCUGAACUACACUGCCUGCUGUCUUUAAGGCCAGAAGAGGUCCUCAGAUCUAGAUUUGAAACAUAAGAAAGCAUUUUUGUUUCUCUGUUUACGUAGAUAAAGUCUAAGUACAGUAAUCAGUGGUAUCUGUAUGUUUAGUGUGUGUGCAAUGCAUAUAUGAGCACUCCAUUUUUCUCCCCUAAAUAGUUGUUUAUUGGCAGUGGGCUGGAACGGACGGCAGAUUUAGCAUUCACAGACAACACAGCACACACGAGGGCUGCAAGAGUGAUGGGAAAGAGCUUGAAGGCCUCUCUUCAAUAGCAAGUGGGUAGGCAGGGGCCUGGAGUGUUGAUGGUGCAGCCUUAGAUCAGCUCAUGGUUAGUAGGUCACACUGGCCACUUGGGGUGUACUUUCCUUGACAAGUGAGCCUGUUAGACA